ACGGUUGCCAAGGCGACGGCUGCGUGGCAACGGGGGCUGGCAGCGGGGGCCACCCGCUCGCCGCCUUGCUUGGGCGAGCCUGGGCUUCUUCUCUACCCCCUUUCCUCGCUGGAUGCUGCGUUGGCAACAGCUUCAUUGCCCACCCCACCCCAUCCUCAGGACCUCGGAGCUACCUAGGGUUGAGUGGUGGUGGUGGUGGUUGGUGGGCUGGGGGACAACAUUUGGGUCGCCCCACAAGGAGAAGAAACGCGGAGAUGGUGCCGCUGGUGCGGAGCUCCGGGGGCUCCCACCAGUGGCUGACAAUUGUGGUCCUCGGUCUAUGCUGGUUUUUAAGCCCUGGGAGAUUGGCUGCUCCUGGUGGAGAUUUCCCUGGAGCCACCGUGGACAAUCUGGUGGUCAGGAAAGGGGACACGGCGGUGCUUAGGUGUUACUUGGAGGAUGGAGCUUCCAAAGGCGCCUGGCUGAACCGGUCGAGCAUCAUCUUCGCCGGCAGCGACAAGUGGUCGGUGGACCCGCGCGUCUCCAUCGCCACGGCCAACCGGCGGGAGUACAGCCUGCAGAUCCAGGACGUGGACGUGACGGACGACGGGCCCUACACCUGCUCCGUCCAGACCUCGCACACCCCUCGCACCAUGCAGGUGCACCUCACCGUCCAAGUUUCCCCGAAGAUAUUUCGCAUCUCGAGCGACAUCGUGGUGAACGAAGGCAGCAACGUCACGCUGGUGUGCCUGGCCACGGGCAAGCCAGAGCCCUCCAUUUCCUGGAGACACAUCUCCCCCUCUGCCAAACCCUUUGAGAGUGGCCAGUACCUGGACAUCUAUGGAAUCACGAGGGACCAGGCUGGGGAGUAUGAAUGCAGCGCAGAAAAUGAUGUCUCAGUCCCAGAUGUGAAAAAAGUCAAAGUCACAGUCAACUUUGCCCCCACAAUUCAGGAGCUUAAAUCCAGCGGUGUGGUGCUUGGAGGGAACGGCCUGAUACGCUGUGAAGGUGCAGGAGUGCCUGCCCCGCUCUUUGAGUGGUACAAAGGAGAGAGGAACUCCCAGCACGGCCCAGUACGGAAUCACCGGCGACGCCGAGAUCCUCUUCUCUUGCUGGUACCUGGUGUUGACGCUGUCCUCCCUCACCAGCAUAUUCUACCUGAAGAACAUCGUUCUGCACUAAGUGUACAGACCCAUAACAAAACACACACACACACACACACACACACACAAAGGCUUUUAAAGGAAUUGUCUGCAAGUGCUGCUGCUGCCUGGCUCCAAUCUGGUAGAGUUGUGUUGAAAGCAGCCUGGGAUCUCCUCCCCCGCGGUGCCCUGGGGAUGGUGGCCUUCUGUAGAAUUGCUCCCUCCUGUAAAUACUGCCAUUCGCCUCCUUCAGUUUGUUUUGGUGGUGCUUGUUGUUGGUUUGAGGUUUUCUUCCUUUCUACCAUGUUGGUUUUUUAAUUCCUGAUUAACUGCAUUACCUUCUGAAGCAGUACACAUUUGUCCUUUUUUCUGGUCAUUUUGCUUUC